AGAAUGGGUCAGCUUCAACAUCAGCUGUGUCGACUGCUUUUGCUGACAUGUGUUGGAGUACUCCUGCAGACAGAUAUUUGUGUGGGUGAGCACCUGGUGCACAUUCAGGAAGGUCCACUGUACCGUGUGAAGGGAUUUCCAUUGUCCAUCUCUUGUAAUGUUAGCGGCCUGAUUGGUUUUACGUCUCAGGAGUUUACAUUUUCUGUCUACAAAGCGACGAAUCCAACAACUGAAAUCAAUAUUAUCAGCUCUAAUAAACCAGAUUAUUCUUAUGCAGUGUAUUCAAAGAGAGUUAGAGAAGGAAGCAUUGUGAUUGAAAAGCUGUCAGGGAUAUCAGUUCUUUUUCACAUUAAAUCGCUGGAGGAUGAUGAUGCUGGAACAUAUGAAUGCUAUACCCCAAACCAGUAUUCGACCUAUUUGGGAACCUACAGCGCACAAACAACAUUGAACGUAAUACAGGACACUCUGAAGGCGUCCUUCUCUGGGCCUGCAUCUCAUACUCUUACAGAGGGUGAAUCUCUUCAGCUAGAAUGCCAAGUCUCUUCUCAGACCUUCCAACACACUCACCUUUCUGUCAGCUGGUAUUUGGAUGGCACUACUGGGACUCAACUCCUCAUCGCUUUGGAUCGGGAUCUAACUUUGAGGCCAGGGACAGAGUUUGAAAAUCGUUAUCGUGCUGGGCUCGUCACUCUAGAGAAGAUAGAAGACACUACAUACAGACUCAGGAUGAGUCAGUUGCAGCAGUCAGACAGUGGAUUGAUCUACUGCCAGGCUGCAGAGUGGAUACAAGACCCAGAUCGCUCCUGGAUUCCGAUUAGCUACAAGAACACCACAGGCUCCAGUGUAGAGGUCAAGGCUCAAGAAAUUGCUCCCAAAAUGGGUGAUUUUAUCACUCAAAUCAAGCCUCUGAAUGUGGAGCUUCAGGAAGGAGACAUGAUGCAGAUCCACUGUAGCAUUGAGACUAAGGAUCUUCCACAACAUUUUUUUUCUUUGGCAUGGCUGAAAGACAAAGCAGAAGUGGCCCAAAUUGGUCCAACAGGUGCACUGACCGUAGCUAACAACUACAUGCAAAGAGAGAAAGAGGGUGAGAUGAGGGCUGUGAAGAAAAGUGAUAAAGCCUAUGUUCUCACCAUCCAGUCAGUGCGGUCUGAAGACCAGGGUGUGUAUCAGUGCAAAGCUUCACAAGAGGAGAGGACAGAAAUGGGAACAUUCAACAGAGGACAAAGCCAGUUAUCACCUGAGGAGAAGGUCCAGAUCAGAGUCAAAGAGAGUGGUUUGGCCGUGUUGAUGGAGAAGCAGCUGGGUCAAGUGACUGAAGGAGAAACUUUCCAGAUCAGCUGCAAUGUGUCCGGAGCCAAUGGUCUGCUGUCUGUAUCAUGGCAACACAAAAAAACUACCAGCACCUCUUUCAGCGAUGUCAUCACACUGAGUCAGGUGGGGUUGAUGGGAGCUGCAGGGGCCCAGUACCAGGGCAGAGACAUUCGUACAUUUCGCCCCACUGCCUCCACUUUUAUUUUGGAAAUAAGUGCAGCGGUCGUGUCUGACAGUGGUGAAUAUAUGUGCACUGUGACUGAUUGGGAUAAACAGAGUAUUGGCAAGAAAGUCAGUCUUUCACAAAGAGGCCAACUAUCUGUGAGAUCUAUUGAUUCUCUUGUGAAUGUGGUCCUGAGAAGUCGUGACACGAACAUAACAGAGAAUUCAGUAAUAAAACUGUUUUGCAGUGUAAAUGCACCUAAAGUUCCUUUAACUGUGACAUGGAAGUUCCAACCGCUCAAUUCAACUGCUAAAAAAGACAUUUUAUCUAUGCGCCACACUGGAGACAUAUCAUAUGGAAAAGAGCAACAGGACUAUCAGCUAGAAACUACGGUGAGCAAAAAAGGCACAAAUUAUGUUCUCAAGGUGUUGAGGGCUAGCAGGUUGGACCAGGGGCAAUAUUAUUGCCAGGCCGACGCAUAUACACUGAACGUUCAGAAAGCCACUAAACUUUCCAAUCCAGUGGCCGUCAUCGUACACAAGCCUGUCAGCAAAUUGUCUCUCUCAACCACCGCAAAGUCUCAUUUGAAAGUAACAGCCAACACGAAUGCAAAACUUGACUGCAUCAUCGCCUCACCAGUCUCUAACAGCUCCCAGUUUAAGGUAACCUGGAUGUAUGGUACCCAGACUUUGCUGAGAAUGGAGCCGGAAGGAAUGGUCGUCCUGGGUCCUGAAAAUUCACAAGAAGAAAGAAUUCACCUUAGAAGGACUGAUGGACUGAACUUCCAACUGAUGAUUCAACAGGUGAAGUCUACAGACGGUGGCACCUACCAAUGUACAGUACAGGAGUGGAUUCAAGAUCCUGACGGCAUUUUGUAUGAUCUAAACACAAAGUCUAUCACUAUGGAACUACAAAUCAUUGAAAAUGCUAGUGAUUUUCGCAUGAAAAAGGCUAAUGUUCAGCUGGAUGUCACAGAAGGAAAACAGCUGGAUUUGGUCUGCUCACUGGAACCUGGUCCUUUGGAUCCCACAUUUCGUUACUCUCUGACCUGGUUCUUUGAACAACAUGAAAAUCAGUCCAAGUUCAAUCUUUUGUCCUACAGCCAUGAUGGGCGUCUGCAGUUUCUUAGUCAGGAUUUAGAACUUCAACCUAGACUUAAAUUCUCUAGACCUACAGUCGACGCCUUUCAUCUGUCCAUCCUGAAUUCCAUGCAAUCUGACAGCGGACGCUACUAUUGCCAGGUAGAUCGGUAUACGGCGGAUUGCAAGGGCAAAUUGGAAAGCAGAGGAAGUGACAUCUCAGGUUUUACCAAUGUCAAUGUACACUUGAUAGAGAGUAAAUUACAGAUCCGUAAAUUGAGUGGCAUGGUGAAUGUUAGUGAUAAUAAUGCUGGCUUCACGGUGGAGUGCGAUAUCGUCUCUCACUCCAGUAAUAAAUCUGUAUUUGAAGUGAGUUGGUUAAAGAGGCAGAAAGAUGAGCGACCCGUGCCUAUUUUCACUGUGAAUCAGACUGGUACUCUACACAGUCCAAUAUCUAGUAGACCUCUGUUGUAUAACCGGCCCAGUACCAACCUCUUUAAACUCACUGUGCCUGACGUUGAUCCAUCUGAUAAUGGUCUGUACCAGUGUCAGGUUGUGGAACGGCUUCUCACAGCCAGUAACAAGUGGAGAGUGGUGGCUAGAAACACAUCAGGAGAACUUUCUAUCUACGUCCAUGCUGAAGAUGGUAAAGCUGGACCCUCUUCUGUAGUUAUACUGGGCAGCCUUAGUUUCCUGAUUGUUUUGUUACUUGUGGUCAUCAUAAUGCUGACGGUAAAAGUUUUUAAAACAAAGUCUGUUAAAAAAAAAGGAAAUGACAUGUUGUGGGCUGAGAACAACCCUCUUAAACAACUUCCUGAGAAAGCAGAUGACAGUUCUUAG